UCCUUGAACUGCAAACACGUGUUUACAGAAAUUAGGAGCUGGAGAGGAGAGCAUUUCUUGUAGCUUUCUUGCCAUCACAAUGGAAGAGGAAACUGAGACUUUCGCCUUUCAGGCUGAGAUCGCUCAGCUUAUGAGCUUGAUCAUCAACACCUUUUAUUCCAACAAGGAGAUUUUCCUCAGAGAACUUGUUUCCAACUCCUCCGAUGCGCUGGACAAGAUCCGGUAUGAGAGUUUGACCGACCCAAGCCGCCUGGACUCAGGCAAGGAUUUGAAAAUCGACAUUGUUCCCGACCGCGAGAACAAUACUCUUACCAUUUGGGACACUGGUAUCGGCAUGACGAAGGCUGACCUCGUCAACAACCUUGGUACCAUCGCCAAGAGUGGUACGAAGGCCUUCAUGGAGGCUCUCCAGUCUGGUGCUGAUAUCUCUAUGAUUGGUCAAUUCGGUGUUGGAUUCUACUCUGCCUACCUCGUCGCCGAUAAGGUCUCCGUGACCACCAAGCACAAUGAUGACGAGCAGUACGUUUGGGAGUCUUCAGCUGGUGGCUCCUUCACCGUCCGCCGUGAUGACACCGGUGAGCGCAUUGGACGUGGUACUAAGAUCACUCUCCUCUUCAAGGAGGACCAGAUGGAGUAUCUUGAGGAAAAGCGUGUCCGUGACAUCAUCAAGAAGCACAGUCAGUUCAUUGGCUAUCCCAUCUCUCUGCAGGUUGAGAAAGAGCGAGAGACUGAGUUGAGUGAGGACGAAGAGGAGGAGGAGGCCAAGGACGAAGAGGGCAAGGAAGAGGACAAGCCCAAGGUUGAGGAUGUUGAGGAUGAGGAAGAGGGUGAAGAUAAGGAGAAGACCAAGAAGAAGAAGACCAUCAAGGAGAAGUACACCGAGCUUGACCAGCUGAACAAAACCAAGCCCCUGUGGACUCGCAACCCUGAUGACAUCAGCAAGGACGAGUACGCCGAGUUCUACAAGAGCCUGACCAAUGACUGGGAAGACCACCUUGCCGUCAAGCACUUCUCUGUUGAGGGUCAACUCGAGUUCCGUGCUUUGCUCUUUGUUCCCAAGCGCGCUCCCUUCGACAUGUUCGAAAACAAGAAGCAGAAGAACAACAUCAAGCUGUACGUCCGCCGUGUGUUCAUUAUGGAUAACUGCGAGGAGCUGAUCCCAGACUACCUCAACUUUGUCAAGGGUGUUGUUGACAGCGAAGACUUGCCACUGAACAUCUCUCGUGAGAUGCUCCAGCAGAACAAGGUUCUCAAGGUUAUUCGCAAGAACCUGGUCAAGAAGUGCCUUGACCUGUUCAACGAGAUUGCCGAGGACAAGGACAGCUUCAAGAAGUUCUAUGAGCAGUUCGGCAAGAACCUCAAGCUUGGAAUCCACGAGGACUCUGCAAAUCGCACGAAGCUUGCCAACCUUCUCCGCUUCCACUCCACCCAAUCUGGUGACGAAAUGACCUCAUUGAAGGACUAUGUCACUCGCAUGAAGGACAACCAGAAGCACAUCUACUACAUCACCGGUGAGUCCCGUGAGCAAGUAGCCAACUCUGCUUUUGUUGAGCGUCUGAGGAAACGUGGCCUAGAGGUAAUGUACAUGUGUGACCCCAUCGAUGAGUACUCUGUUCAACAGCUGAAGGAGUUUGAUGGAAAGAACCUCACCAGCAUCACCAAGGAGGGACUUGAGCUGCCUGAAGAUGAAGAUGAGAAGAAGAGAUUCGAGGAGGCCAAGGCCCGUUGUGAGAAUCUUUGCCAGGUCAUGAAGGACAUCCUUGACAAGAAGGUUGAGAAGGUUUCCGUUUCAAACCGUCUUGUUGGAUCUCCAGCUGUUAUUGUCACCGGCCAGUAUGGCUGGACCGCCAACAUGGAGCGUAUCAUGAAGGCCCAGGCACUCCGCGAUACCUCCACCAUGGGCUACAUGCAGGCCAAGAAGCACUUCGAGAUCAAUGCUGACCAUCCCAUUGUCGAGGCUCUCCGUGUCAAAGCCGAUGCCGACAAGAAUGACAAAGCUGUCAAGGACCUUGUCUGGCUCUUGUACGAGACCUCUCUCAUGGCAUCUGGAUUCUCUCUUGAGGAGCCGACCAUCCACGCUAGUCGCAUCCACCGAAUGAUCAUGCUCGGUCUUGGAGUUGAUGAGGUAGCGGAGGAUGUAGCAGCCACCGCUGCUUCCAGCGACCUGCCUCCACUUGAUGGAGAUGAAGAUGACACUUCCCGCAUGGAGGAAGUCGACUAAACAAUCAUUGUCCUGUUAAAACUUUUGUACUUGAUUUGUGUACACUUUAGUAUUAGUAUCGUUCCAUACUUGCUGAGCAUCCUCUCACGACAUCAACAUCAAACUGAAAUGGCUUUCCCUCCAGCAUAUUUGAGUUUCUCUUUUCUAUCCAUUUAUAAAAGUUUUUUAUUUUAAUUUCCGCUUUCUUAGCUUCAUCUGAUCUGUGCUCCUGACAAGAAAUCGCUGCUCCUCCA